CAUGUGACGUCAUCUGCGAGCGACGGGCAGUCAUCUGCUUACCUGCAUACAUUUUGGGGCUAGCAACAAUUUCAACCCCAAAAUGGUCAAAUCGGGAAAACUUCGUUCGGGGACCGGUUCGAAGUUGAAACGAUGGAAGAAAGGACACAGUAGCGACUCAAACCCGCAGACGAACCGGUUCCGACAGGCCGCGAAGAGCCGCUUCUUCAGCCGACCCAGUGGAAAGAGUGAUCUCACGGUCGAUGCGCUCAAGCUCCACAAUGAGCUGCAGGCAGGGACUCUGGAGGUCGGCACAGGCAGCUGCAAAGAGGCUCGCAUGGAGGAGGAACCUGAUGAGAUGUCACAAAGAACCUCUGGCACCUUUCUCAGUGGCCUUUCAGACUGUUCCAACCUCACAUUCAGGAAGGUGCAGCGCUUCUGGGAGUCCAACUCAGCAGCACAUAAAGAGAUCUGUGCAGUUCUGGCAGCUGUGACUGAGGUCAUUCGAGGUCAAGGAGGAAAGGAGACUGAAACAGAGUAUUUUGCUGCUUUGAUGACCACCUUGGAAGUUGUGGAUUCACCAGAGUCUCAGACGGCGGUGGCAUACCUCCUUAACCUCGUCAUGAAGCGAGUUCCUGCUCCAGUUCUCAUGUCUAAGUUCUCAGACACAACCAAGGCUCUGAUGGACAUCAUGUCAAAGCAGGCCUCGUCUGAUUCAUCAUCUGCCCUUAGAUGGAUUCUGUCAUGCCUCGCCACUUUACUGCGGAAGCAGGACUUGUCCGUCUGGACUUAUCCAUCGACUCUGCAGGCUUACCACGGCCUGCUGAGCUUCACGGUGCACAGCAAGCCAAAGAUCCGUAAAGCAGCACAGCAGGGCGUUUGCUCCGUACUUCGAGGCAGUGACUUCCUGUUUGGAGAUGAUGCCCCGGCCCAUCACCCUGCUGCCGCGACCACCGCCAAGUUCUGCAUCAAGGAAAUGGAGCAGGCGGGAGGCGGCAAAGAGGACACCACUACGCUCCACGUGCUCUGUCUGUUGAAAGAACUGUUGGGAACGUUUCCUGUGGGAGCUGUCAAGUCCUGCUGUGAGACUCUGCUGCGAGUGAUGACUCUCAGCCAUGUGCUGGUGACAGCCAGCGCCAUGCAGGCCUUUCACAGGCUGUUCAGUGGGAAGCCGAACGCUUCGACCCUUUCACCAGAACUCAACGCACAAAUCAUCACAGCUCUCUAUGAUUAUCUCCCCAGUGAGAGUGACCUGCAGCCGCUGCUCGCCUGGCUCACGGUCAUGGAGAAAGCACAUGUUCAUCUUGCCUGUUUGCAGAGCUCUCUGAGUCUGGGUCACCUCCCACGCCUCUUCUCAGCUGCCAUGUCCUGCCUGCUUUCUCCACACACUUCAGUGGUUUCCGCUGCAACCAACACGCUCAAGACUUUACUAACGGAAUGUGUUGCCCCUCACAUGGAGAAAAUAGGCGUCGUCAAAGCCACUGCUUCUGCAGGAAACGCCUCAUAUGUCUACAAAAUGUUCCGCACCGUAGAGGACGGACUGUCCUAUCGCUUCCAUGCCUCCUGGCCCUUUGUGCUGCAGAUCCUUGGAUGCUUUUACAGAGUGGCAGGGAAGCAAGCUCAUGCCAUCAUGACCAAGUCCCUCCAGUCUCUUGCAGACCUGCGAUCCACUCCUCAGUUCCCCUUCAGCGGGGAGUUGGACCUGGCCGUGGGAGGAGCUGUGGAGAGCAUGGGUCCUCAGCUUGUGCUGGCUGCUGUGCCGCUCAACAUCACCGGGCAAAAUGAUGACAUGGAGUUCCCACGCAGCUGGCUCAUUCCCGUCAUUCGAGAUCAUGUGAAGAACACCAACCUUGGCUUUUUUACUUCUUAUUUCCUCCCACUGGCUUCUACUCUCAAGCAAAGAGCUGAAGAGUUGGAGCAGGCAGGAAACAAACUAGAGGCCAAAGUCUACCAGACACUGCAGCUUCAGAUUUGGACCAUGCUUCCUGGCUUCUGCACAUGUCCUGUGGACCUGAUGGCGUCCUUCAAAGGCAUUGCUCGCACUCUGGGUAUGGCCAUUAAUGAACGGCCAGACCUGAGACUCCCGGUGUGUCAGGGACUGCGCACUCUCAUCAACAAGAGCUGCUCCUCCGAGGAAGAAAAGGUGGAGUUGGGACGCUUCUCCAAAAAUUUCCUCCCCAUCCUCUUUAACGUGUACAGUCAGCAGCCUGCAGCCGGAGAGUCUGGGAGCUACCGGAUGGCCAUCCUGGAUACCAUCAAGGUUUAUUUAACGGUCACCGACAUGCAGUUGAUCUGCACCUUUAUGCAAAAAGCCACGGACAGGUUGGCCAGCGCCGACAGCUCAGAGUUCAUCCGGUUGUCUGUGAUGGAUCUCGUGGUAGCAAUGGUUCCUUUUGUAGACGAGGCAACAAUGACUAAAACCUUUGAGCUGAUUAGACCAUAUUUGGAGGUCAAGGAACCAGGCAUGCAGAAAAAGGCUUACCGCGUGCUGGAGGAGCUGUGUGGAGCAGAGAGAGAACAGUGCAAGUCGUUCGUGGUGUCCAACCUGGAAACACUCAAAGCGGUGCUGCUGGACACCCUGAAGAAAGCUUCCUCUCCUGCAAAAAGGCCGAGGUUGAGGUGUUUGCUCCACAUAGUGAAAAGGCUAGAUGAGAGCAACAGGGACUUCAUCACUGCGCUGCUGCCAGAGGUGAUCAUAUGUACCAAGGAGGUGUCUGCUGGAGCCCGAAAGAGCGCCUACAGUCUCCUGGUAGAAAUAGGAAAUGCCUUUGUUCGAUUUUGUGGUAACACUAAAGAUGCCCUUGAGCAGUUUUUGGUUUUGGUGUACGCUGGCCUCACAGGCUCUGUCACCAUGAUGACUUGCGCGGUGUUGGCGCUGACACGGCUGGUGUUUGAAUACAAAGACUUCAUUGAGGAAUCCACCCUAGAGCAGCUGCUCAACAACGUCUGUCUGCUGCUGUCGUCCCGCACCAGAGAGGUGGUCAAAGCUGCCUUAGGCUUCAUCAAGGUCAUCCUCUUCAUCAUGGAUCCUAAGACGCUGGCCUCACAUGUCACAGUGAUGAUGGAGGCCAUCGGAAACAUCAAAGAUGAUAUGAGGAGACACUUCAGAACCAAGCUAAAGAAUAUUUUCACCAAGUUUAUUAGAAAAUUUGGAUUUGAGCUGGUGAAGAGCAUGCUGCCUGAAGAACACCACAAAGUGCUGGUAAACAUCCGGAAAGCCGAAGCUCGCAGUAAGAGACGAAAACAGGCCUCCGAGGAGCAGGACGACUCAGCUGACGAAGAGGAGGGACCAAAAAUGAAAAGUGAAAGCAUUGAAGACAUCCUGGCGGAGUCUGACAGCGAUUUGUCGGAGGAUGAAGGAAAGGGUCGUAACGCACAGAAGAAGACAGGAAAACAGCAGAAAGGACGGGUGUGGCUCAAAGAGGGCGAGGAAGAUGACCCGCUUAACUUUUUGGAUCCGAAGGUUUCUCAGAGAGUUUUAGCCACCAAACCACAGCCGAAAAAAGUUGUCAAGGGGGACCACGGCUUUAAAGUCACCUCAGAUGGACGGCUCAUCAUUAGAGAGGAGGAAGAGGAGGAAGCAAAGGAUAAAGAUGGAGAUGAGAUGAAAGAUAUCCUCGAAGAAACAGGAGUGAAAACUAAGAAGUCACAAAAGAGGAAGUUUCAAGAUGACAACUUUGAUGACAUGGAAACUGAACCCAUUUCGAAAUAUAAAGCUGGAGGAUCUGGCAUCCACAGACCUUUGGGACAGGCGCAAGACUGGGGAAGUGAUUAUAAAUCAAAAAAAGGAAAAGGAGAUGUGAAGAAGAAAGGAAAACUUGACCCAUAUGCUUACAUACCUCUAAAGAAGUCCCAGCUCAAUCGCAGGAAGCGCGCCAAACUGCAAGGCCAGUUCCGAGGCAUGGUUCGAGGAGCCCAGAAGGGGGCGCUGUCUGGGAAGAAAAUGCAGAAGAAAAAGAGAAAAACAUGAAGAGAGCCUGCUUUUUUUUUAUCCAGAGGACUCAAACAGUGCUGCCAUGAUCUCAAGCAUAGAGUAACAUGAGCUUAAACCUUUCUGUUGAAUAAUGGUUUGUGAGAAAGUGUCUACUAACUCAACAGUUUAAACCUUUAUUGCAUUUGAAAAGCCUUUAAUUGAAAGGAAAAUACUUUAAGAAGUAAAUGUUGUCAUGCAUCCGCUAUAAAAAAUGCUCCCACUUCAUGAUGGAAACCUUUCAUUUAGAUCUCAUCUGAUGUCUUCUCUUUAGAAGAAAUAAAUAUAUUUAUGCAGGGAAAUAAACAGAUGAUGGAACUCAG